GCACUGUUGUUGUAUACUAUUGUGUCUCUGUCCAAAACCAAAAGAAAAAAUAAAAUAAAAUUUUGAAACUUUAUUAUUGUAAAUAAAGCAAAACAAAGGUCCUCUCUCUCUACUGUUUUUGUUUGAAUCUGUGUUUCUGUUUCUAAUUUCUGUUACAUAGGGAUUUGUUUCUUGUCUUCGGUACCAAGUUGGCUCACUUUGAUAUUGAUUCUCUUUUGCCUUAGAAUUCUCAGUGGCUUUCUCAUAAGAACUGCUACAGUAUCACAUAUUGUUUUGGAUUAUCAAAUUUUUUGGGAGGUUGGAGGUUAUUCUGUUUCACUCAAUCAAUAUCUCAUUUUUGGAAUUGCUUAAUCUUGCUGGAGCAUGGAUGCCAGCGGGAUUUCAUCUGUUAAAUCACAGAAGAAAUACUGCAGUAUUAGGACUGCUUUGGCAUCUGCUUUUCUUGAAUGGCUCCUUAUUUGUUUGCUCUUCAUUGAAGCUAUAUUCUCAUAUUUGAUUACAAAAUUUGCCUGCUACUACGAACUGCAAACACCAUGUUUGCUAUGCUCACGACUUGAUCACAUUUUGGGAAAUAAAAGAUUGAAAUAUUAUCGCGAUUUGAUCUGUGGCAAGCAUAAGUUGGAAAUCUCAUCUUUAGUUCUCUGCCAUGCUCACAACAAACUUGUUGAUGUCCAUGGAAUGUGUGAAAGCUGUCUUUUCUCCUUUGCCACGAUCAACAAAUCCAAUGCUGAAACAUAUAGGUUAUUGGUGGGUAAGUUGGGGGAGGGUUAUAGAUUCGGUUUAAAUGAGGAUCAUACUUCAAGUACCCAGCACUGUUCUUGUUGCAAUGAGCCAUGGAUUCUAAGGGGAUAUGUCCAAAACCUAAUGCAGACCAAUAUAGCUGGUUCUGAGACUGCUGAAUUUGAUGCCCCUGCUGUAUAUGAUCAGAACAACCUGAAUAAGAUUGAACUAUCUCUACCAGCCAGAGCUACUCUUCAAAGAAGUAAGAGUGAGUUUGACCAUUUACCGCAUAUAGGGUACACAGAGCUCAAGGUUAAUUCUGAUACUGAAUCUGAGGUCCUGUUCUCUGAUGAUGAUAAUAACACAAAUGCUCGAGGUCAUGCAAUUAAUACCAAGCAAGACAUUGCAGUUGGAUGUGUGCAGACAGAGCCUCGAAUUAUCUCUCUGCAUGACGAUCUGGUCUCAGAAAAAUUAAUAGAUUCAGUCACAGCACUUCAGACUCCAAUUUUAGCCUCACAGAUACAAUCAGAUCUUGUAGAGUUCCAUGGCGUUACAUCCAAAUCACCUUCAGUUUCCCUGGGGCAUGGCUUAGAAGAAGUUCAAUGGCAACAAGCAGAUGGGAAGUCUAAUUCCUCUGCAUUUCCUGAGCUUAUUUCGCUUGAUGAAAUUCCUCCAUCAUUAAUUGCUAAAGAAACUCCAGUUGAAGCAUCAAAAGAGAGCAUGAAUAGUUCCUUUGAUAAUGUCCCUCCAUUAUUGGAUGCCAAAGAAACUUUUGAGGAAGCAUCAAAAGAGAGCAUACUUAUUUCAGUACAAGACGUGCUUCCAUCAUCAGUUUCCAGAAAAACUCCUUUGGAAGCAUCAGAAUUGAGCGAGCUUAUUUCUGUAGAUGAUGUUCUUCCAUCAUCAAUUGCUAAAGAAACUCCAGUUGAAGCUUCAAAAGAGAGCAAGAAUAGUUCCUUUGAUGACGUGCCUCCAUUAUUUGAUCCCAUAGAAACUUUUAAGGAAGUAUCAAAAGAAAGCAUACUUAUUUCAUUACAGGAGGUUCUUCCAUCAUCAGUUGCCGGAGAAACUCCUACGGAAGCAUCCGAAUUCAGCAAGCUUAUUUCUGUAGAUGAUGUUCUUCCAUCAUCAAUUGCUAAAGAAACUCCAGUUGAAGCUUCAAAAGAGAACAAGAUUAGUUUCUUUGAUGAUGUGCCUCCAUUAUUUGAUGCCAUAGAAACUUUUAAGGAAGCAUCAAAAGAAAGCAUACUUAUUUCAGUACAGGAGGUUCUUCCAUCAUCAGUUGCCGGAGAGACUCCUAUAGAAGCAUCAGAAUUGAGCAAGCUUAUUCCUGUAGAUGAUGUUGAUGUCCUUCCAUCAUCAGAUAGCAAAGAAAUCCCUGCUUUAGCAUCAGCAGAGAGCAAGCUGGUUUCACUUGUUGAUGUCCUUCCAUCACCGAGUGAAGUUGAAACUCCUAUUCAAGGAUUACAAGAAAGUUGUAAUGCUAGAACCGAGGAAGUUUGGCAAACUGCUAUCACAGAUUGUGAAGAGAUUAGCAAGACAGGAACUAAUUCAGCUGCAAUGAACGAAACAGCAUUAGAAACAAACCCUGUUUCAGGUGACAAUGGUCUGCAAGCACCCAACUCUUUGGAUCUUGGUGAUGCUUAUAAGCUAGCUGUUGGCAAUAAGGGGAGACAGUUGUCUGGUGCACUUGCAGAACAAUGGAUUGCGAAGGAUUCUUCAAGACUCAGUGACGAUUUGAAGACCUUAUUUUCUCAACUAUCUGCUGCUCGAGAGCACACAAUGAAUGAUUCUAGUCCUAGAGUACCAGUGAGUCCAAAGUUGUCUAUUAAUGGUGAUGAAUUGAAGAAUCUUGAUGCUUCUAGUUCCAUAGGAAUACAAAUGCUUCAAAAGAGAAUCUCACUUGACAGAAAUGAGUCUGGUCUAUCUCUGGAUGGAAGUAUAGUCAGUGAAAUUGAAGGUGAAAGUGCAGUUGAUCGGUUGAAGAGGCAGAUUGAGCAUGAUAAGAAACUGUUAAGUGCUUUAUACAAGGAAUUGGAUGAAGAAAGAAAUUCAUCAGCAAUUUCUGCAAAUCAAGCAAUGGCCAUGAUUACUAGACUGCAGGAAGAAAAGGCAACACUUCAAAUGGAAGCCUUGCAAUACCUAAGAAUGAUGGAAGAGCAAGCCGAGUAUGAUAUGGAAGCCCUGCAGAAAACAAAUGACCUUCUCUCGGAGAGAGAGAAAGAGAUUCAAGAUUUAGAAGCAGAACUUGAAUUUUACAGGAUUAACCCUGGUGAAUCAUUUUGGGAGAAUACCAUGCAAGAACUUUCUGACACAAAAACUAAAGAUAUCAAAGAGGAGCACCCAGAAGCUACUUCUGUCAGCACAAGUACACUUAGAAACUCUGAUUCUUACAAACCAGAUAACUGUCAUGAAGUUGGAGGUAGAACUAUAUUCCGUGGGGAUAAGAAUGCAAGAAAUGUGAAGGAUUCAUUGUUAGAUUUUGAUGAUGAAAGGGCGUAUAUUUUACAGUGCUUGAAGAAAUUGGAAAAGAGGCUUUGUCUGUUUUCUAAUAACCAACUAGACUUGGUUAAUGGUGAAUAUUCUGGAAAAGUAGAACAUAGAGAGAGUGAAUUGAAGGAGCUGAAUAGCAAAUUGGGAUUUCAAGUAAGCAGUGGAGCAGAAGAAAAUGAUGACUUGUCAACCCAAAAUGAUAGAGGAAAUGGUCCUGCUCAAGGGCAUGCUUUAUCACUUGAGAAAUCUGAGUUAUAUGGUAAUGAGUAUAAUGAAAUGUUUUAUAGCGGGCAGAGCUCUCCUCUACCCCCUGGAGGGAUUCCUUUAGAUUCUCUUGCAAAUGAAGUUUCUGAUCUGAAUGAGAGGUUGAAAGCACUCGAGGCAGACAGGAAUUUCCUUGAGCACAGCAUCAACUCGAUCAGAAAUGGAGAAGAGGGACUUCAGUUCAUUCAAGAGAUAGCAUCUCACCUGAAAGAACUGCGAAGGAUUGGAAUAAGAGGAAGGCAGCAAACCGUCGCUUAAGGCUUCAUGCAAAACCAUCAGAAAUGAGAGCAUUUAAGCAUAGGUCAAAUUAUUCAUGAUUUUCUUGCUUUCGUUUGCUUAACAAAAUCAAGAAGCUCAACCCAUUGUCCGCUUGCUUCUGUUUUUUUAAUUUCUCAGAUGCCUCAGAAAAAAACAAGAAAAUUACAUGGUCCAGAAAGUAGAAAGGAGUGCAUAUAGUACAGUACUUGGAACCUAGUAGUGAAGAUUGGCAUUGAAAUGUACAGUUUCAGAAGUUUGUUUUCACAUUUUUUCCUUUCCUUUGCUAAUUCUUGUUUUUUGGGUGUGAUUAGUGAACAAUUUGUACAAUUAGAAGAGCUGAUUUUUAUGUGUAUAGGCGAGUAUUCUGAUGAUAAUAAAGAGUGAAAAAAGUAAUUGUCAAUGUAA